GGUUACAAUGCGACGAAAACUAACAGCUUCUAUAGGCUUCUAGCCACGUUCUCUUGGAUUUUGAUUCGUGGAUUAGCAAACUAAAGCUUCUUUCUCGAGUUAUGGCUAGUUUGACUCACAUUGAAGGCUGUUGCAGUCUCUUCAGAAUCUUUCAUAGCAUCAUCUGUCUGCACAAACUUUCUAUUCAACAUAUGAGUUAGCCUUGCACUAAAGCGCUAGCUUUUUGUUAGCUACAAUACUCAGAAAAUAUCUGUUAACACAGCUAGCUAGCUAGCAGUAGCCAUUUGUGAAAUUGAUCUCUUUGGACACACCCUUUAAUUAUUCCUGUGGAUGUAAUGCGCAUGCGCGCUCAUUCCCCAUGUGUGAGAAAAUAAUAUCCAAGAUCCAGAUCCAGAUCCUCCUGGCAGAAUCAUCUUUGUCUUGAGGGCCUGGUAAGCCACAAAACACUACCAUAUAACAAUAUAGAUAACAAUAUGCAUGUACACAGGUCUUUUCUUCUUAGAUAUUAUAUACACUGAACUACAGAUCCUGGAAGAAUUAAUUUUCUUCUUUCUUGAUGUCCUGGUAAGCCACAUAAUACAAUAAAUAACAACUUACAAUAGAUGCAUGUAAAUAAGUCUUUUCUUCUCAGUGACUUUAUAUAGAUAAGCUAACUUUAAUAUAAAAUUCAUUAUAGAUAACACUCUAAUACUUUUGAGCGAAAGCAAAAACAUGGCGAGAGGCAUUAGCACAGCGCCAGCUUGAACACUAGUUAUGAUCAGUGGCUGCAUUUUGUGUCAAUUGCAUGGUAGGCCUAUUAGCCGCGGGUUAUACUUAUAGGCUUAAUUAGCUUUGGUUCCAGGCCGCAGUUGAAAGGGUUAGAUUCGAGGCUAAGACUGAAUAUAAAGCUGAAUGCAGCGAAGAAUAUGAUACUGAUAGUAUUCCAUGCACUAUCAAACAGAGGACUCAGAGGAUUAGAAGAAAUAUAAUGGCUUCACUAUUGUUAUGGAGUGUGUACUUGUUCCUAAGUGUACUGUCUCAUGCUACUGCACAAGAACUUGAAGUUUCCUUUGAAUUUGAGGUCGAACACGUUGUCAUCAAUGGCAAUGGAGCCGUUGCUCGCUGCACGGUAACUGGCUCCGACUCAUCACUGGACACUAUCUCUUCCUUCAUCUGGAAACACAACAAUACAAUCAUAGACCUAAGCAGCAGCACUAGGCACAGCGAGUCUGGGAGCAAAGGAACGAGGAGGUUGGAUAUUACUUCACUGAUGUUCAAUGAUGCAGGGAGAUACAGUUGCACUGUUGAAUUUGUUAAUCUUCAGCGAGUAUCAUCUACUACAGAUACACUUCAAAUUGGAACUGAGAUUACAGUGGAAGCAGAAUCCCUCCAGUAUGCUGUAGCUGGUCAGACCGGAGAGCUAAGAUGCACUGCACAAUCUUCUCCUCCACCGAGCAUCAAUUGGUACAGAGAUGAAAGUGAUACCCCCCUACUGCAACAGUUUGACUCAACUGCCAGUGAUUUUGGCGUGUAUCGAAUCUCCAAUGUGCAGACAGAUGAUGCUGGCCUCUACAAACGUCGAGGAUCGUACAGCUUUGGGAGCGAGGAGAAAGAAAUUCAACUACUCGUUCUAAAUCCACCGACUGUCACUGGAACACAGUUCGAUGAAACAGUAAUGGUGGGAGCUACUUUCAGCCUCUCCUGCACUGUCAAUGAUGAUGCAACUACGGCUGUUCACAGUUUGAAUCACUCGUGGACGUUCACAGUUUAAUACAAUGCAGAUUAGUGCAGCAGAUAUGAGCUGCUGAACCUUCAGGUGGACACUCGCCCCUCAUUGAUGAUUCAUUCAAAACCAGCAGCAGUCCCUACUACAUCCCAAACUUAGUUUUAAUUACUGUGUAGACUCCUAAUAAGACUUAUUGUGAAAUGUACAUUUUUAAAGGUAUCAUAUAUCAGGUUCUCUUUCUUGCAAGUUUUUACCUGAUCGCAAACGAAAACUGAGCAAUAUCACAUACCGUCUUUAUUCAAUUUUAGGUGACACUUUUUUAAGCAAUUAUAAAAGCAGGGGUCGAAAAAU